AUGUUGAUUUCUCACACAUCCAGUUAUCAGCAGAGAUUUUCUGAAAGUCGCGGCAGGGCGGGUGAACUCCGCACACUUCAGGGCCCCCCCUCCCUUGUCUGCCUUCCAGGUCCCGCUGCGAGGCCUUCCACCGCCAUCGGCCUCUGCAGGAACAGCCAGACCCCUUUGGCCUCGUCGGAGGUCCCCCGGAGCUCCUCGGAGCCAGAGCGGGAGGACAGGAAGGCAGCCCCAGUAGGCGCUCAGGCGGACCCCCAUCGCCAAAGCCGGCCCCGGGGCGCGCCCCUAAGUCCGGCUGGAGGAGGCGCAGUUGCCAUGGCACCGGAGAUGCUCCCCAAGCAUCCUCAUCCCCCGGGGAAAAGGGGGCCCAGGGUGGACGCCUCCCUCCACGGCAAUCUGGCAGGAGCGUCCCUUCCUCUGCUCGCCGGUGCUCCCAGCCAUCAUCUCCCCUCAAAGAGGUUAAUCAAGGUUUGCUCUUCUCCCCCCGCCCGCCCACGCCAGCGUUUCCAUACGGUUUGUUCACAGGCCCCUCCUAGGCCGGGGGUGAAUGCUCACUUACAUUGA